UAUUGUCCUCCUCUCCCUUUAGUUUCAUAUACUUGGCCAAUAAGCCCAUAGAUUGCACUUCACAAGGAGUGGUGUAGUUCAUUCCAGUGUACUUCAGUGGAAGAGCAGUAUAGUUAACAGCUAAAGAGAUGGUGAAGAAGACAGAGAGAGUAGGGAAGAAGGGGGUGGUGAUGGUAAACAAAGGGGCAUGGACUGCUGAGGAGGACCAGAAACUUGUAGACUACAUUAGAACUCAUGGUGACAAGAAGUGGAGAACUCUCCCUGCCAAAGCUGGGCUUAAUAGGUGUGGGAAGAGCUGCAGGUUGAGAUGGCUGAACUAUCUGAGGCCUGGGAUAAAAAGAGGGAAUAUAUCUGAAGAUGAAGAGGAUCUCAUUAUUCGACUCCACAACCUCCUGGGCAACAGAUGGUCUCUAAUUGCUGGAAGAUUGCCUGGCCGGACAGACAACGAGAUAAAGAACCACUGGAAUACUCACUUGAGCAAACAGACAUUAACGAUCGAUGAUCUAAACCUUAAGCUGAACACGAAACAUGAGGGUGUUCAUGGCCAUUCUCACCCAUCAAACAAUCCUCUCGGACCAAUGCAGGGGUUCAAGCCAACAAUCUCGGAGGAGCACUUCGAAGCUUGGCUCCCGGAAAACAAUGACGAGUUGGUAAGCUCAUGGGUUGACUUGCCUGUGUCCGAAUUUGACGUUGAGCAGCUCUUUGACUUCACGUCGAUGCUGGAUGUUGAGGGGAACGAGGGUGGAAGCAGUGGCAGUGAGCUGGGAGUAGAAGAUUAUGGCAUGACGCAUCAAGAUGGUUGCCAGGAGCCCAUCAAGAAUGAUCUUUGCGGAGUAAACAGUCAGGGGUCUUUGGACCCACAGGCUAUGUGCAAUCCAUUAGAGUUUGAUGAUUUUGACCAGUUCAUUGGUUGUCAGGACUAUGAAUUAUAUUUUUUUCACUAAGUGAAGUGAUUUGUUUUAGCUUA